AUGACUACUCACUCCCCCCCUCCUAGCCGCCUUCCUCCUCCUCCUACUCUCGGGUCCUCUUCUUUCUCUCAGACGGAGCUCGGCGUCUCCACCGGCCGCAACUACCCCGGCUUCCGAGCGCAGAAAUUUCAUGGGACGGAGGUGGACCUGCACCGGCUGGGAUUUAGCACUCUUUCCCAUCCUCCACCCUCAGCUGCGGAGGAUCUGAACGGUCCGUUAACUUUUUCCAACCCAAUCAAGGCCGUCGCGAGUCAGCUCGUCUGGCAGAAAACAAAGACGACUUUCAGUCCUCAUUAUGAAUCCCCCGCCGCUGAAAGGAAUGCGCAGAGCCCGAGAUGGAGUACUGUCCCCGGGGAGGACAAUGGAGGCACGCUCGGUGCCAAUACGCAGGCCUCGUUGCUGGAUACCGUAAACCCGUCAUCCUCUGAUCUGCCAGGGACACACAUACCCUGGCGCGCUGUGCGUAAAAGCAAUGCGCAAAAUGGAGUGGGACGCAUCCGACGGGUACCCGGAGACGAAGCUUUACGCACGGAUGUAAACAAGGCCGGUGAGCCGAGAGUGAGUGGUCAAUGCAGCCCGGGAGAAGUGCUUAAACAAACCCCGCAUGGACGCACGUGUAGCCUCGAUAGAACCGGACACAACCAGCGGCAGAGACGGAGCGCUAAACUCGGCAGGAGGAAGCGGAGCGAGCCGGUGCAGGACGGAGCCGCCAUGGCGCAGGAACACGAGCCCGGAACCCCCUUCGGACUCAACACCAGUGACUAUGAGGAGGAGUACUCUCUGCCGGACUUUCCCGACACCACGCCGUUCGCGCCGGUGAACCCGCGGACCCGACGGAAGCAGUUGAAGAACCCGUUCUACCCGGUCACCGCCGAGGCGUACGGAGCGUACGCGGUCAUGAUCGCCGCCGCCGUCAUCUUCAGCGUGGGGGUCAUCGGGAACGUGUCGCUCAUGUGCAUCGUGUGUCACAACUACUACAUGAGGAGCAUCUCCAACUCGCUGUUGGCCAACCUCGCGCUCUGGGACUUCGUCAUCAUCUUCUUCUGCCUGCCGCUCGUGGUGUUCCACGAGCUCACCAAGCACUGGCUGCUGGGGGAGUUCUCGUGCAGGAUCAUCCCCUACCUGGAGGUGGCUUCUCUCGGCGUCACUACCUUCACGCUGUGCGCUCUGUGCAUCGACCGUUUCCGUGCCGCCGCCAACGUCCAAAUGUACUACGAGAUGAUUGAGAACUGGGCGUCCACUACGGCCAAGCUCGCCGUCAUCUGGGUGGGUGCUCUGCUGCUGGCGCUGCCCGAGCUGCUGAUCCGACAGCUGGUCACCGAGGACGGCGACCCGCCCGACGUAACGCCGUGCGAGCGCUGCGUGAUCCGCAUCUCCACUGACCUCCCGGACACGCUGUACGUCCUCGGACUCACCUACGAUGGCGCUCGCCUCUGGUGGUACUUCGGCUGCUACUUCUGCCUGCCGACGCUGUUCACGAUUUUCAGCUCGCUGGUCACCGCGCGCAAGAUCCGCCACGCUGAGCGCACCUGCGUCCGCGGCAGCAAGAAGCAGAUCCAGCUGGAGAGCCAGAUGAACUGCGCCGUUGUGGCGCUGGCCAUCCUCUACGGCUUCUGCAUCAUUCCGGAGAACAUCUGCAACAUCAUCAGCGUGUACAUGGCGGCCGGCAUUCCCAAGAGAACCCUGGACAUCCUGCACCUGGUCAGCCAGAUGCUGCUCUUCUGUAAGUCCGCGGUGACGCCGGUGCUACUCUUCUGCCUGUGCCAGCCGUUCACCAAAGCCUUCCUGGACUGUUGCUGCUGCUGCUGCGAAGAGUGCGGCCCGCCCCACUCCGCCGCCGCCACCAUCGACGGCGACAACGAAUGCACCACCACCGAGUUGGAGCUGUCGCCGUUUAGCACCAUCCACAGGGAGCCGUCCACUUCCUACAGCGUUGUGGGGACGCACUGCUGAGGGCAAAGGUCGACGCCGUUAAACGGGUUUCAUGCUUCUUGCGUUUAGCGCGGAUGGCAGGCAUGGUCGCCGCAAACCGUCUGGUCUUUCAUACAGCGGUUUCACGCUUCUUGCGGCCAUCGUGGUGCGGACAGCGAUAUGAAGCAAAGGCGGCCUGGGCUACUCUGUGCCAAGGGUCCGCCGAGGCUCUGAGCACCGACGCGCGCACCUCCAAGAAUUUGUAACAACGCGGACGAGGUCCCAUAGCCCGCUUUGCAUAGUUGACCACAGAAGAGACGCUCUGAAUGCUGCUCUGACCGAUUUGACCGUAGUCUAUAUCCGUGAGAUUCCACUUCCGGGAUUGCUCCGGUGCUGCCGGAAAUUCCACUGGA